GCAGAAGAAGAACGUCCAACUCAAUCGCUUCAUGGUUCACACAGCUUUUAGCAGGCGUUUGGGAUCAUUUGCCGCUGUUUAUGAACUACAUGACAAUAAACGAACAAUUUAGUUGUAUUAAGAGUGUCUGCAAACGAUAGGGACAUGGCUGGAUGUAAUCAGACACCCCAACAUAACAGCCGAAGAAGUUCGCAAACAAGGACUAAGGGUAUGCAGUGACCACUUUGAAGCCACGGAUUACCAAGGUGACAACUGAAGCCUGGAGCUGUACCCACCGUUUCCCCAUCGUUGGUCGAACCACUACAGGAGCUGCACUUGUGCACACCUUUGAGCAGCAGUUUGAUGCAGGCAGGAGUCUGUCUGAGACAGGACACUGAGACAACACUACCAGAGCUCACUGAGCAGCACUGGAUCAGACAGAAAGAAGGAGAACUCAGUUGACUGGAGUCUGUACACAUGGCAGAGACAGAGACAGAGUGUGCUGCACCAGGACUGAACACACUGGAGCCAGAGUGUGUUACAGCACACAGCGGGGUCAGUGAUGUACACCACACACACACAUCCCUGAUUAAAACAGAAACUGAUCUGGGCUCCACCCACUCUGGGGAUCUUAAGACAGAGAGCCUAGACAGUACAGAGCUGGGAUAUGUAACCCAUCUGCAUCCUGACCAAAUCAAAAGAGAGACUGAUGAUGGAGGAUACCUUAAGGCAGAACACAUCAAUGACUUGCAGGAUUUAAAUUUUAAGUCUGAUAAAAUGAAGUGUGAAUACAAUGAAAGUUUAGAGACUGAUCUCAUGAAUUCUGCGAUGAAUGGAGCUGAUUUCUUUCAAAACAAGAUAAUUCACAGGAAUAAAUGUGAAAUUAAUACAGGUGAAAAGCCAUACAAAUGUAUGCAGUGUAAGAAAUGUUUUCGUGCAAAAGCUGAUUUAAAAACACACCUGAGAGUUCAUACAGGUGAAAAACCCUACAGAUGUUUUGAAUGCAAGAAGUGCUUUUCCCAAAUAGGUCAUUUAAUUUCCCACCGGAGAAUCCAUACAGGUGAAAAGCCUUACAAUUGUGUUCAGUGUGGGAAGUGUUUUUCCCAAAUGGCUAAUUUAAGUAGCCACUUGAAAAUUCAUACAGGCGAAAAACCAUACAAAUGUACACACUGUGGGAAGUGUUUUUCCCAAAUGUCUAAUUUAAGAAGCCACCUGAGAACUCAUACAGGUGAAAAGCCAUACAAGUGUUCAUGUUGUGAGAAGUGCUUUUCCAGAUCAUGUCAUUUAAAUCGCCACCAGAGAAGUCAUACAGGUGAUAAGCCCUACAAUUGUUUUCGGUGUGAGAAGUGCUUUUCCACAAAAAAACAUUUAAAUGUACAUCAGAGAAGUCAUACAAGUGAAAAGUGUACUCAGUGUGGGAAGUGUUUCGGAACAAAUUCAGCUUUAAUUAGACACCUGAGAAUUCAUACAGGUGAAAAGCCCUACACGUGCAUUCAGUGUGGGAAGUGCUUUUCUCAAAGAGCUCAUUUAUGUGGCCACAUGAAAAUUCAUGCAGGUGAAAAGCCUUCCUUAUGCAUUUAGUUUUUAAUUAAAAAAACAAAACUAAAUUGAAAUAACUAUUUAAAUGACUGCUGGAAAGUUUGUACCGAUAUUUCUGGUGUUCAUCCAACGUGAAAUAACACCUGAAAAUUUAUUCAACAACCCCUUCUUAUCUUUUCAUUAAAACUCCACACAAUUCGUACAAAUGAAAAGGCAUUUACAUGUACUCAGUGGAAGGUUUGUCUGUCUUGCAUCAUUUAAAUCUGUUAUAUUUUUGCCAGAAAUGCUUGAAAGGCUGUAUAAUGUUACCCCAUUGGACAAAUCGUAAAUGUGAGAAGUCAUGAGCUCAGUGGUUCUUUAUGUUCAUUUCAACACCAGAAAAUUCCAUCAGAAACUAGUUGUGAGUAACCCAUGUAUAAAGUGUGCUUACUAUGUGAAAUGCACUUUAAUUGUACAUUGUAGACUUCAGACAGUAUGUUUUUUUCAGAGAUAGCAGUUGAGGGCCAUUGUUUCACAGUUUUAUUUACUGUUGUAUAUGAAAUGUUUAUUAAAUAAUUUUGCACUGACUGUACACUUA